ACACGUUCAAUCCCACAGAACCCAAAAGACGCAAAAGAAGUGACAGGGCCGAGGAUAAACUGCUUGUUGACAAAUUAAGAUCUGCAACUACUAUUAUUAGAAAUGAACGUCAAGAAAACUAAUUGACUGAAUUUAAUCAAAUACUCAAUGGCAUGGAAAAAUCAGAAGCAGUUACUGAACAUAAAAUAAGAUGUGGAAUAUGUAAAGAACUCAAAUUGGUGUGUGCAGCAGAUCGAAAUAAUGAAGGAAAGAUUAAAUACUUCAAGCGCAAACACUAUGAUAAAUGUCUCGCUAACGGAACUACCAGUCUGAAACCAAAAGUCGUUGGUCAGAUGCAGCAGUUCAUGAAAGCAUUUUUCGGUAAACAGUCGCCAGAGAAUACAGAUACCCCCACCCAAGACAUAGACACUGAACUUGAUCCAGACCUUUCCAUCAUAUUAGAUACAGAGAGCAACACAAUGUUGGACACUAGUACAGAACACUUUGCAGACAUUGAUUUGAUAGAGGAAGGAGACAUAUUUGAUGAUGAGGAAACCGACGACGUCAGUUUUGGAUGUGUUGUUUGCUCGGAAAUAGAAACCGACCUAAGUAUACCUCAUGACAGCGAUGAUAACUUUAAACUACGUUCACCGCAUGAAAAUGAACCUGACAAGCUUGCUUUAUCUCUGCAGGACGUAAUUAACCAGAAGAAAUUAACACCUGAUUGUUUUAUGUAUAAAUUCUUGGACAAAUGUAUUUGACUAUGCAUUGAAUAAUCAAAAUGCUAAUCACACAUUUUCACGGGAUACUGAGGUCCUUGAAUUUUAUAAUUCAGUACAACAUUUAGGCGGCGAUAGAACAGUCAAUUUCUUACGGGGUCCAGUCCAUGAGGGUCAAGGCAGAGGUGGUUCAAAAACAUUCACUUUUGAAUA